CUUUCGCUUCAAAACCGCCUCAAAAUUCAAACACUGCUUCUCUUCCAUCCAUUUCAAUACCAAUACUACUAUAUAUAGAACUCAGACCCUGAUACACUUUUUUUUCACAGACCCUCUGAUUCUAAAACCACCACCUUUUCUCUUCAUUCUUCACUUUCUCACCAUCAUCAUCAUCAUCAUCAUCACUGUAAACGCAGAAAGGAGAAAUUUUGAUAUCAUCAUGUCUAAGUCUAACCCUAAGUUGGCUCGACUUCCCAGCAUGAGAGAGAGAGUUGAAGACACUCUCUCUGCUCAUCGAAACGAACUCGUUUCCCUUCUCUCCAGGUACGUGUCUCAAGGGAAAGGGAUUUUGCAACCGCACACGUUGAUCGACGAGCUUGACAGUGUAAUCGGCGAUGACCCAUCUCGCUUGAAACUCAAGGAGGGUCCUUUUGGCGAGAUCCUCAAAUCUGCGCAGGAAGCCAUAAUUUUGCCUCCAUUUGUGGCUAUAGCAAUUCGCCCAAGACCUGGUGUUUGGGAAUAUGUUCGUGUCAAUGUCUAUGAACUAAGUGUGGAGCAACUGGAUGUUUCUGAAUAUCUUCACUUCAAAGAAACACUCGUAGAUGGGCCGUCUAAUGACCGAUACGUCCUCGAGCUCGAUUUUGAGCCAUUCAAUGCAAAUUUUCCUCGCCCCAAUAGGUCUUCAUCCAUUGGCAAUGGCGUUCAGUUCCUCAAUCGUCACCUUUCUUCAAGUAUGUUCCAUAACAAAGAUUCGUUGGCACCAUUACUAGAUUUCCUCCGAGCACACAAAAUUAAAGGGCAUGGUUUGAUGUUGAAUGAUCGGAUACACAGCAUAUCACACCUUCAGUCUGCGCUGACUAAAGCUGAGGAAUAUAUUUCUAAGCUUCCAACUGACGCACCCUAUUCUGACUUUGAAUAUGUAUUACAGGGAAUGGGUUUUGAGAGAGGUUGGGGUGAUACAGCAGAACGAGUAAGGGAGAUGAUGCAUCUUCUCUUGGACAUCCUUCAUGCUCCUGACCCAUCUACAUUAGAAACAUUCCUUGGGAGAAUACCUAUGGUGUUUAAUGUUGUUAUUUUAUCUCCACAUGGUUACUUUGGGCAAGCAAAUGUUUUAGGUUUACCAGACACUGGUGGCCAGGUUGUGUACAUACUAGAUCAAGUUCGUGCACUGGAGAAUGAAAUGCUUCUUAGAAUACGGAGGCAAGGACUAGAUAUCACCCCUAGAAUUCUUAUUGUGACUAGGUUAAUACCUGAUGCAAAAGGAACCACAUGCAACCAGCGGCUGGAACGAGUCAGUGGAACAGAACAUGCACAUAUUUUGCGAGUUCCUUUUAGAUCGGAGAAAGGAAUUCUUCGUAAGUGGAUCUCAAGAUUUGAUGUCUGGCCUUAUCUGGAGACCUUUGCAGAGGAUGCAGCUAGCGAACUUGUUGCUGAGUUACAGGGCUUACCAGAUUUUAUUAUAGGAAACUACAGUGAUGGGAAUCUUGUUUCAUCCCUGUUAGCUCAUAAAAUGGGAGUCACACAGUGUACAAUUGCACAUGCAUUGGAGAAAACAAAAUACCCAGAUUCGGAUAUCUAUUGGAAGAAGUUUGAGGGUAAAUACCAUUUCUCAUGUCAAUUCACUGCUGAUCUAUUAGCCAUGAACAAUGCUGAUUUUAUCAUCACCAGUACAUACCAGGAGAUUGCAGGAACAAAAAAUACUGUUGGCCAGUAUGAGAGCCAUGCAGCUUUCACUCUUCCAGGGCUGUACCGAGUUGUUCAUGGCAUUGAUGUUUUCGACCCAAAGUUCAAUAUUGUCUCUCCUGGGGCAGAUAUGUGCAUAUAUUUCCCAUAUUCUGAAAAGGAAAAACGACUUACAGCUCUACAUGAUUCAAUUGAAAAGUUGUUAUAUGAUCCUGAGCAGAAUGAUGAGCACAUUGGUACAUUGAGUGAUCGAUCAAAGCCCUUAAUUUUUACCAUGGCAAGGCUGGACCAUGUGAAAAACAUAACAGGGUUGGUUGAAUUGUAUGGUAAGAGCUCCAAACUGAGGGAACUGGUAAAUCUUGUGGUGGUUGGGGGCUAUUUUGAUGUAAGUAAGUCCAAAGACAGAGAAGAAAUUGAAGAAAUUGAGAAGAUGCAUCUUCUUAUGAAGAAUUAUAAGUUAGAUGGUCAAAUUCGAUGGAUAUCAGCCCAAAUGAAUCGAGCACGUAAUGGUGAGCUAUAUCGCUACAUAGCAGAUACAAAAGGUGCUUUUGUUCAGCCUGCAUUUUAUGAAGCAUUUGGACUUACAGUCGUGGAGGCAAUGACUUGUGGCCUUCCCACAUUUGCCACUUGCCAUGGUGGUCCUGCUGAGAUUAUUGAGCAGGGUAUAUCAGGGUUUCACAUUGAUCCGUAUCACCCUGACCAAGCUGCUGCACUUAUGGCAGAUUUCUUUCAAAAAUGCAAGGAAGAUCCAAGUUACUGGAAAAAAAUUUCUGAUGGGGGACUCCAAAGAAUUUAUGAAAGGUAUACGUGGAAGAUUUAUUCUGAAAGGCUAAUGACAUUAGCUGGAGUUUAUGGCUUCUGGAAGUAUGUUUCAAAACUAGAGCGGCGUGAGACUCGUCGAUACCUUGAGAUGUUCUACAUUCUUAAGUGCCGUGAUUUGGUGAAAACUGUUCCUCUGGCAAGCGAUGACCCACAUUAAGCUGUGAGUGCUCACGCGAAUCUGUACUCUGUGAACCCGUACCUUCAGAGUAUUAAGAUUAUGGACAUAAAUAAGGUUCUGUUUGUGUGUAGAAUGUUAUGUAUAUUCUUCUCCAUUGUCAUUGUGCGGAUGACUCAUGUAUCAGAAUGGGAAAGAUGCUUUUAUGUGAAAUAAUGACAAGGCUUUUUAUGUUGGAAGAGAGAAUGCUUAUUAUAUCGGUUAUGUGGUAAUCAAUUUGCCAGGUUCUUUUCA